CGUUGAGCGCUCGCUCUCGUAUCUCAGAAAACCACCUGUUCACGAACACUACAUACACACUUUUUCCUUACUAAGUUUGGGCGGAAGAAAUCGCUUGUUUAUGAUAAGGCCAUCCAUUGCAUUCUUAAUAAUUCAUGUUACUAGUUUUAUUUAUUCAAUGAAGUCAACAUUUAUAAAUUAUAGUUAUGUCUAUUUCGGUAUUUCGAUAUUCGUUGAGUGAGGAAAGCACCAGCUCUGGCAUCACCGGUACUAUCGGUCGACAACUUAAGUCUUUAAUUACCGCCUUUAAUUAAAGGAAACAAAUCAAAGUUCCAUAGACCAUAUUUAUUUAAUUCAUCUAUAUUCACUUCUCAUCAAUUAUUGUUCAUAGUGUAGUGUGAAGUGUUACACGAAGGUUUGAAAAAGGCUUCACCAUGGCGGAAUUUACAAUGGAAGACGAAUUCGAUGACCCCAACACGUGGGCGGUAGGGGCCCGUUACAGACCGGAGCCCCCCGCCACCUUGGCAUCCACCACUCGCUUUACACAGCAUGAGAUCAAGCUCAUGUACCGAGGAUUUAAACAGGAGUGUCCAACAGGCGUGGUGGACGAGGAGUCGUUUAAGAAUAUUUUCUCGCAAUUCUUUCCGCUUGGAGAUGCCACACAAUAUGCUCAUUUCGUCUUCAAUACGGUGAAGCACAAACAACGUGGAAAACUCAACUUUGAGGAAUUUCUGGAAAUACUAUCGCGUGUAGCACGUGGAUCUAUAGAAGAGAAGGUGUCCUGGGUAUUCGCUUUAUACGAUGUUGAUGGCGAUGGAAGGAUCUCCCGGGGGGAGAUGGUGUCAGUGGUACGCGCUGUGUACGAGCUGUUGGGACGCACUGCCUUACCACCAGUUCAACGUACUGAAGCGGAGUCGCACGUGGAUCGCAUUUUUAAUCUAAUGGACACAAACGCCGACGGUGUAGUAACGCUAGACGAGCUAGCACGCUGGUGCGCUCGAGACCCCGCUCUUCUCCGCUCUCUUGAUACCCUCGACACAGUCUUGUGAUCCGAACCUUCCCCUCCCUCUCCCAGUCCGAAUCCUUCCAACCCCUCUUUCAGUCCCAACCCCUCUGUAAGCCCCAACCCCUCCUUCGGCCCUAAUCCCUCCGUCAGCGCCUAUACCAAUCCGGGUCACCCCUUCCCUCCACUGAGGAGAGAACGGGUUAAGCUCCGCUCCGCUUCGCAGGUGUCAAUGAAAUCCCAGGUCUCAGAGGAUACAAAGGAUUCGAGGACAUCAUCUAGAUCUUCUGCUACGCCCCCACCACCUCCGCCGAGAGCUAGAAGAAGCAGUUCAGUACAGUCUGGUAGCUCCAGUGGUACACCCUUGAUGGGUCCUCAUACUGCACCACUAAGACUCACAACCACUUUAACAGAAGAAACAUCCCCGCAAAGAGUGAAACGUAGAAACAAGCCGCUACCACAAAUCUCUCCGAACAUACAACCAAACAUCGAAAACAUACAAACCAGACGUACACGAGAAAAUAAAAUAAACAAAACAUGAAUUGUUUUAAAUUUACAGUGAUAUGUUAAAAUGUUUAUUUUAAAAUUUCUUUGCCAGCCCGCGUUAAUUUGGUUUUAGAGUGUUCUAUACACUAUGUCAUUCCUCUAUUAAUAUACUAUGAAUAAAAUCAACACCAAAAAUUCACUUCGAAAUUAGAACGUUCCAUAAACAACCAACAACAGAUGAAUGUUUCUAGACAGAAAUACCAUUUCGACACCAUAGUCUUCGAAAGAUGUCGCUAAAAUAUUGUCAUCGUCUUGAAGUGCAGUCUUUUAACUAACGUAAUCUCUCGUCUCUUUCUGUAAGUCUGUUUAAAUUAUAUGUCCACAGCGUAUAAAACACAAGCAACCUCAUGAAAAGAGACAGAUAAAUACUUUAGUUGAAAUAUUGCAAAUAAGUUAUUUUUAUUCUAUAUUCAUGUAGGAAGGUUUUUCAUACAAAUUAAAUUAUUAAUUAAAUCUCUCAAAUUGUAUAGAAAUUUUAACGUAUUGCUGAUAUAAACGUAAACUCUAGAAUGCUGCAAACUUGCAUGAUCUAGGUCACUUGAAAAGUUCAUGGCUUGACCUUGAAGUUAAUGGGACUAUCUUUAGCUAUAUGCAUUUCCACUUCUUUAUCUAGAUUUAGUCUUAACUAAAUGCCUUUAAACGCUAGGUCCAACUCUAGUCUUAUACUCUAGUAAAUACGCGUUUUAUUCCAAUACUCGCCCACGGGCAAAAUAAUUAUUACUAAUACAUAAAUUGAAAAUAAUUAAAUUAAAUCACCAAAUAUAAAAAAAAAAAACUUAUUAAGUCGUAAGGUUAAAUUAAGUUAUCUUGAAUAUUCAAAAUUGUUAUUGUAGAAAAAGUUUCUUAAAUGUAUAGAGCGUUCUUACUCGCCAUAACUAAAGUACCCUGUCUCUUUUGAUUACAUCGUAAACAUAAUUUAACAGAAAGAGAAAGAGAGUACUUUCGUUUAAGGUCCAAUUAAAUUUAGACAACUACGAUAAACGGUUAUUACGUACCCAUUUAAAUAAUGUACUGGUCCUACAGUCCGCUUUUGGAAUUUUUAAUGGAUGUCUCCCAGCAGAAGAGAGGACGCUGGUAUUUUAUUAUAAUAGUUUAAGUACUGGUUGGCUACGAAAGAUUCACAAUUUUUUUUUUAAUAUCUAGUUCCAUAGUUAAUGAAACAGGUACUCAUGUAUUUUCGUAACAACCCUAUAGUAGAAAAAUUUUUACAGUUUAAGGGUCCAAUAAGCAAUGGCGAAUAGUAUGAGAUCGCGACUUCCUCCAACCGCUCUAGUGGCAGAUGAUGCAUGCAAUAUCUGUACCACGGCUAACGGCAAUUAGUAAAAUGUAAUCCGAAAACAUACUUUUAGUAUUGUUACCAUAUUAGCAUUGUCUCACUGCCAAAUAUUGCUUGAGGUUUUAAAGCGUGUCUUUUAAUCCUGGGGUCGUGCUUACAAUCCUCUCGGGAUUGUUUAUCCAUGAAAAAUUAGCGUAUUUUGGGCACAAAUAAAUUACGCUCUAUAGAUUUAUGAGGGCUUUAAUAUUGGCGACGAUAAAUUUUACAGGAUGUCCUAAACUUGGUUAGUUUAUGAAAUGGUAUUAUUAUAUUUAUUGAUUGAGAUUGUUAAACCUUUCCAGAUAAAACUCGAUAUUCCAACACACAGUCAAGCAUGGAUUCUAAUUUAUUUUGCAAACGUUUGUUACACCUGGCUAAAAGUAACAAAUAAACAUACAUAUGAUAAGCUAGGAAUCUGUGUUAUACAAUUGUGUAGUCACGCACUAAAAAACGAUAGUUAGAAACUAGAUUGGGAAAAAUAUAUAAUUUAUUCAUAUGGGUAACUUAAUAUACACUUAUAAAUAUCAGUAAAAAAUGGUUCUAAACAUAUAUUAACUGCCAGUUAUCAGAGCCAGAGAAAAACUGGCAAUGCAUCACUUUCCUAAAUCGCCAAGGGUUUUACAUAAUGUUUUUAAGGAUCCAUUACAUCAUGCCCCUCGUCAUUAAAGUAGUAAACAUUGCAAUUAAAUAAAGAAUAAAUAAAAAAGGAAACUGAACAUUUCACCUCCAUCAGCAAGGCCACAAUAGGAGCAUGCACUAUACCUACUGUGGGAACCAUACGUUUUGUGAGCAAGGCAGAAAAUGAUUAUCAUUUACUCAACAUAUUGUCCUGCUGCUUAUUGCUAUUAAAAAUGUUUCUAUGUUUACUGUCAUUCGUGAAUCAAGAACUGGAAAUAAUCUUCGUCGCUCUCUAGGUUUUUUUGUCACAAAAUGUUUGUAGGCUGCACAAUUGCACCACGUUACAACUGACAACAACUUCAAAAACUUCCUUCCUAACUUCCCAAACACAAUCACAACGACAGCAAUAGCAAUACUGAUCCGAUUUAUGUAUGAAAUUUGAUGUAGUUCUCUCAAUAUCCGUAGCGCUGAUACCGGAUCCUUAGGACGACUUACUAUUGAAAUCAGUAUCGCUAUUGGAAGUUACAGAGUAAGGUCCGAGAUACUUGCCACUUGCCUUCAUCUAUAAAAACCUAAUCAGACUUGUUAUUAUUACACUAUUUGUCUCUUUCUAAUUUUAUUUACUCUGUAAUGAACUGGAUAAUAUGAGUGCAUAAUGACAGAUGAGUGCCAACCUUAUUUUUAUUGAUAAGGAAGAUAAUAUUUAUCUUAGUUUACCAAGUUUAGGUCACCCUACUAUCUAUUUACUAGAUUCUAUUUUACUAUUUCAAUUAUAAUAAUCGUAUAUUUUUAAUCUAUAAAAUGUCCAAUUAUUAAAUAAGUAAUCCAUCAAUUUAUAAUGCGAUCAUAUAUGUAAUAGUAAAAACACCAUAUCAGUUAAUUUGAACUGUGUUAAAGAAAGUAGGUUUUUAACAUGUACAGUAAUGUAGUAAAAGUCCUGUGAACUUAAAUAAUGUUGGCAUCAGCAUUCUAAAGGAAUUCAGGAACGACAUUUAGCGCGAAGCCUAGGUAUGAGAUAAUGUAUUGGAUUUCAAUUCCGGCUAUCCAUCAGUAGAAAUUUAUAUAUGGACAAUUAACACCUCGUAUGGUGAAUUAAAAAAAAUCGUAAGGUCUAUAUGUCUAGGUUAUUCAAAGUCAGUAAACAUAAAGACCUAGUAUGAGAGCAUACUUAAGUAAGGACCCUGAAUGUUUCUAGUGUAGAGCCAUCGGUGGCGUGAGUGUAAAAUAAACACCUCACGUAAAAUGUAACAUGUGGAAAAGACAAUAGAUUUUGGCGCGCAUUAAUAUUAAUAUUUUGAUAAUAUGGACAGAAGGUUUCAUCAAAACGUUUACGAAACUUAGGCUUAUAAAAAUUGAUUUUUCUUUUUUUUAUCGAACAAGGAGAGAUGAGCAUCUGAUGUUAAGUGAUACCGCCGCCUAUGGACACUCUCAAUGCCAGAGAGCUUGCGAGUGCGUUGCUGGCGUUUCCUUAAUAGCAAGCUAUUUCUAUAUAUGUUCAUGGGGUUUUUAUUACUGUACUGCAUGUUAGUUAUAACAUAACAUAUCUACAAAACCUCAAAUAUAGGCUUUAGUUAAAAUUGUAUUAUUAUACAGAUAUUCACCAUAUAUUUUUGUUGUUUAAUAUAACGAUAAUUAUGUAUAUAUUCUCUUAGUAAUGUCAUCACUGGGUCAUUUGAUAAUUCAACCGCGCAUCUGAUGUUUCUUCUUGGAGUACAAUGUUUUGUGGUGAUUCUUCAGAAGAAUUCUCGCAAUAGUCAAUACAGGCUAUAUAACAUUUUGUAAUAACUCUUUCUAUCAAAUGAUUCAUGUCAAACAUGAUGUCAACUAUUUAAUAUGUAUAUGAUGUCAAGUAAUUCCGGAAGGAAUGCUUACGAAUGCGAGAAGGAAUUUUAGAUAUUGGGUUCAUAAUUUUUAUUUAUAUAAAGAAACAAUGUAGGUAUUCUCUUCUUUCUGUACUUCAAAUUUACUAUUUCUUUUGAGAUUUACAGAGUAUUAGCUCUGCAUUUUAUUACUUUGACGUGUAAUAACGUCAAAUACCUACGCUACGCUGCGCUGGAAGACAAAACAGAUAACUGUUUUGUCUUCCAGCGUAGCUAAAUUCCGAACACCCAACAGAAAAAUUAUUUGAGUAACUGUAAUUUUAAAUAUCUAUAUAAUAGAUCUGGAUAAUAUAUUACAAGUGCCAUUUUCAUUGAGAAAGCUUAACAGCGAGAUAUCGUGUGUUAAAACACAUAUAUUAAUAUCACAAUCAUAAUUUUUGGUUACAAGUCACACAGAUGUUUAGUAACAAAGGGCCCCAGAUAAUAUAACUUUACGUUAGGUGUGAACCGCUCUUUAACGAUUUUGUAUGAAAACUGUCACGUGACGACACACGAACUUUUGUCAUUCCUAUAAAAAAUAAUCCCACGGAAGGGCGGAUCCAGUGAUAUGUCUGGAGGUUAUGACGCCCUAGGUCCCGAUCUCGUAACAAUUUUUUUUAUAUUAUUGUAUAUUUAUAUUUAUGUUUCCUUACUGAACAUUAUUGAAUCAAAUUAUUUCACAUAAGUUUGUAUUUUAUAAAUAUAUAUUUUUGUUUAUACUUUUAAAACAUCAGAAAUGGUUAAGUAGCGUUAUAAGAAUUUCGUAAUUUAAAAUAUAUUUAACAAUAAAUGCUCUUCUGUCUUAUUGGAUUGUUCUCGA